AUGCCGUUCUUCUCAAAGGUUUUCAAGAGCAAGGAUGUUGCUGUCAAGAAGACCGCUGCGCCUGUGGCAAACGGAGAUACUCACAAGAAACCUCAAUGGUCGGACGCCUGGCUGCGGACGAGAGUUGACUCCGAAGAGGUCGCCGAAUUAUUGCAUCUGUGUACUUCAGAAUUGAAAUCAAGAGCACUCGAUGUUCCCUUUCUUCUGCUACCUUUCCGACCUUCUUCGGAUCCCUCUGCCGCCAGGACUUUUGUGCGCAACUUCUUCUUACCAUCUCAAGACCGAGAACCACUACGGGGUUCCCUUUUGGAGACAGAACUGAGAAUGACGGAAGUCAUGGUGCUAAUCAGUGUAAUGAAAUGGUGUUGGGCUCGUUUGCCUGGCGGUGUUGUGACGUGGGAAGUCUACGAGGGAUUCAGGGUCGGUGAAAAAGGUGCAGAUUCUGGGUAUGCGCGCGAUGCUUUUAGCACAUUUGUCCCUCUCGGAGCGAACUCCUCUGCGAGAGUCCAGAUUAUUCAAGACUUUUUCGACCUGCUUGCUGCCGUCGCCGCGCACGGCAAAGUCAAUGGGCUUGGAGGCCACAAAGUCUCCCGAUAUGCGGGCUGGUGGGCCUUUGAACAUUAUGACACCGGAAAAGGAUUCGAAUCUGGAUAUCAAUCCUGGUCAACUGCUGCUGAUGCAACCUCCCAUCUGUUCUUUGCGUAUCUACGAUCUAUGUCUCCUGGGACUGGCAAAACAAGCGGAAUCCUGAACCUUCCCAGAUCGCUUCAACAACUCCUAGAUUCCACGAGUUACCCUCCAAAGCAUCCCUUGUUGUCAAACGAUACGACAAAAGUGGUCAUGAUUGUUGACGUAGUUUCUCCCACGCCCUAUGCUCUAUUGCGACGUGCAAAGCAUUUCGAGUAUCGGGAUGACGAUCGAGGCCUUCAACAAUUUGCGAGUUACGAUGAUCCUGUCACUGCUCUCACCGACGAGUGUCGCCGUGUCCUGAAGGCCAUCUCCUCGGCAAAUCAAUCGCACGUCUCGAAUGCUAAAACCUCGACGAGCUUGACUGAUCCCUCAUGGUCAAGAUUUGAGGAUAUUGGGUUUGGCAGUGCAUUUGACGACGACGACGACGACGACGAUGGACUUCUUGGUCGCAAACAGUUCAGCACGAGACCGAUGGCUGCCUCGGCUCGUGGAGGUGGUUAUCAGGAUCUCGCCCGACCCACCACCCCAUCGUGGGCUGAUUUCCUCUCUUCUGGAUUUGCCGACGAACACGGCAACAAAGCUCCUGCACCCAUUCUUCUGCCACCCGAUAAAAUAUUACCUCCAAUCACUACCACCAUGCCUCGGGGGCAAAGUUCUCAGUCCCAUCGGCGAAAUCUAGAUGUGCAACCCAACCUAGAUCCAGGCGAGCUGGCGAGCAUCACUAGAGUGAAUGUGGAUGACUCUUUUUGGUGGGUGUGGAUCAGCAGUCUGGCUCCGGAGGAGUCGACGUCCAGAAAAGCGGUGUUUGGUCGAUGCGCGUUGAUCGAGACCGUGUUACCCGAUGGCCAAUGGAUGGUGAUGGAAGAACAGGUGAAGGGUGCCGCACCGGAACCCGCCGCUGGCGCCUACAUUGCGGAAAAGAAAAAAUUCCUUGGAUUUACGACCAAGCGUGGUCGUUUGACCCGAAGACGAUCAGGCACCAAGAAGAGCCCCCUUUCCCCUGAACCACAAGUUGAUGCCAACCACCGAGCCACGUUAGCUCCCGAUCAACACGCAAAGAUCCAACAGGCCGCGGCCGAACUCUCCAGAAGAAAGGAAGCCGAAGAGAAUGCGAUGGCCAAUCGUCGCGGACGUAUGCCCGAAAACGUGGCCCCUUCCAAGACCAACAGCAUCUUCACACUUGGCCCUCUUAUCAAAGACGAAGCUUCUCCAGCACUACAAUGGGCCACUCAGUACGACAAGAAGGCCAUCCGGGCUAAGUACCUGGGUGACUCCCUCGCGGGCAAGGGUUCGCGUGAGCUGUUAAACGUACCCUCCAGUGGCCUGGGCAUCAGCAGAUCUACCUCCACGCUUUCGGUCGUCAGCAAGAACAAGAAUCUACCAGCACCACCUUCGGAUACCACAUCACGCCCUGUCCCCAUGGAGAGAAGCCAAUCGGCCGAACCCACAGCAGCUCCAGCACCAGUCGUGGUUGAGCCAGCUCCCAUGCCAGCCGAGCCAGAAGCGCCAGCGGAAGCUCAAGCCCCACCGGAAGCGGCGGCCGAAGGAACCCGCCCCCCGGUAACGCCAGAGGCAGCUGAGAAUCGAGCCGCGAAGCAUCAACCGGCUAAAUUACGCAAAUCUACCGACGGGGCACGUCGGUCUCCUGAGCAGAAGAAGUCCAGGGGUAAGACCCCGACUGGACCUCCUCCGGUCCAACAAAAGAGCGGUAUUCGUCGGCUAUUCGGAACUAAGCAAUCUAAGCCACGAGAAUCGAAAGGUGCAGAACCUCCGGACACACCAGCCGCCGAAGAUCCUGCAGUGGCCGCGGCAAGGCGGGCGUUGGAAGGGAAGCCUGCGAUGCCAGGAGAUGGUCCCACUUCACCACCAUUGAGCCCUGGCCACUUCAACCGUCUAGCGACUGUAAAGGCUUCUUCUAAAGCGGCAGCAGUAGUUCAAGAACCUGUCGAGGCGCCCGAGACACCGCGAAUGGUGGCCCCGGUGGAAAGAGGGGUGACUCCCGAACCCCUGAUGGAACCUGAACCCAUUCAUCAUGAAGAUACUGCACCACCAACGACACGUAGAGACGAAGAGUACGAUCAACUCUCACGUGUGGAUACCGAUGAACGUGAACAUGCCGAUCGGGAGUUCUCCACCUUUGAUCAGGGACCACUUCUUGAUCAACCGGCGUUUGUCCCCGCACAGACGCCUCCCCGGAGUGAAUUUUUGUCACCAGUCAAAGAAGUUCCCGGCGCGCCGGUCAGUGUGCAUUCGGUGGACGAGGAAGAAAGUAACGCCUUGACACAGCAAGGAAGUCCAACUGAUCGAUGGGCCCAAAUUCGGAAGAACGCAGCAGAGAGGGCAGCUCGACAAUCGGAGGAGCAAACAAGCAGGAGUCGGACCGAGACUCGAACAGAUGAUGGUGAUACCAGUGGAGAAGAGACAAUUGAAUCACGAGUGGCACGAAUCAAGGCGCGUGUGGCCGAACUGACUGGCAACAUUGACGCCACAAGACGAUAG